AUGUCGGACCAUAGCGGCACGACACCUCUGGAUCGCCAGCUCGCCGAACUCCACCUGGACUCUGCCCGUCGAACGGCCGCAUCCAGAGCCGAUCCCGCGCCCGCUGCCCUCUCGCUGCCGAAACGCACCAUUGCCACCAGCGCCCUUGGGACGGAUCAGCCCGCUGACCAGCAGCAGCGCUCAGCCUUGCUGCGUCUGCCCCACGACAUCCGCCUGCUCAUCUGGGAGGAGGCCGUCGGCAAGCGCUACCUGCACCUUGCGCAGUCCUACAGCGAGCACGCAUCCUCGUCUGCGACCGCUCUUCUGGCGCAACAGCAACAUGGACAGGGCUAUCGCGGGUAUUUCGGCCAGCGCUGCAUGGAAUGCAAGCCCUCGUGCUUCCACUGCACGCUGCUGGCUGCAACCGAGUUUGCCGACUUUGACGUCAAACUGGCCGCGAGGAGACGGGCGAAUGCAGACGUAAGGGGCGUGGUUGCGGUACUGUUGCUCUGCAAACUAGUGUACAACGAGGCCGUCCCAUUUCUCUACAAGACGAACACGUUCCAGUUCACCUCGCCCCGCACGAUAGUCAGCCUGUACGACUAUCUCCGCACCCCGCGCUGGAAUUCCAUCCGCACGCUGCAUCUUCACUGGAGUUUCCGCGCCCCGCUCUUCGCUCACUACGACGCACUCAUCCGGCAGAUUCGCAGUUCCGCAAGCGCCUCGGCCGGCGCGCCGGCUUUGCCGGAAGAGCAAGCAGCCACGGUGGUGUACUACGACGACGAGCGCAAUGACUCGAUUCUCGGCUUGGAUGUCGACUUUGACGACGACGACGACGCCGUCGUAGAGGAGGAAGAGGGAACCGCAGCGCAUGCCGGACCGCAGCAGCAGCAGCCUCGGUACGACCCCACGCUCGACUCGAUGCUGUACUGGCAGCACCCGCUGCUCGAGUCGAUUCCCAGUAUGGAGAUCGACCGGGCGCACUGGGAAUGGGAGCACUGGCGCGACGCGUGUGCAGCCAUGGCACAGAUGCGCGGGCUGCGCGAUCUGCGCAUCUGCCUGCGCACUGGCCUCGUCGCUGCACCGGGCCAGAUGGCUCUGUUCCUCAGCCCGUUGCGAGACGUCCGGCUGGAGGCGGUCGGCGGCAGCGGUGGUGCUGGUACAGGUGUCGGUAGCGGCAGUGGCGGGAACCGGGGCGGCGGCGGAGAGCUGGUCCAGGCUUCAGGGCGUGGCGCGGAGAGGGAGGUUGGAGAGGACGGGGACGGACGGAGAUGGAAGCUGGGCCUGCUGUGCAGCGAUCGCGACGGCUGGGCGGUGCAGCAGGCGCUGGAUCGGGCUGGGUUCGCAUGCGAUGUGUCCCGGCUGGUGGCACAGUACUGGCCGCCCGAAGUCAAGGUCGAGCCGCCGCCAUUCAAUGUGCAGUACAAACGGUGA